UUAAUUUCUUAUCGAUUAAUAGUAUUCUAUUUCUUUAUUAUUAUUUUUUCUUUGUUUUCUGGCAAAUAGGAUUCUACAGAUGCAUACACAGAUACAUAGAUAGUUGAACCAAAACAACGACCUAGGACAUGGUUUACUUUGAAUGAAUCUGCAACAAAACUUCAUAGUAUGUACUUAUGUUAACUUUGACCAAUUACAAUUCUUGCUAUAACCUUCUAUCUUACUCCACAGCCACCCUACUUUUUCUUUUACUUUCUACACUUUUUGGCGGACGCUCUUUCCCAAACUUAGAAAAUAAAUGCUCUAAAACACAGAGUAGAAGGAUCUUGUUCAUGGGUCUGGCACUUGAUGAUACAAUUAUUAGUUUACUCACUUCUUUUGUCUUGUGUUGGACCGUACCCAAGAAUACACACCAAUGAGAAUUAGAUUACAUUCAUUGCUUCCCUUCAUUCUCUGCUAUGUGAUAUUUAUCAGUAUUCACAUUUCUGUCAUCUCUGGCCAAUGUCUUCCAGAUCAACAAUCAUUGUUGCUGCAAUUGAAGAAGAGCCUUGCUUUCAACAGUACAAGUUCCAGCAAACUGAACUUUUGGAAUCAAAGUUCUGAUUGCUGUGAUUGGAGUGGUGUAAGUUGUGAUAAUGAAGGACAUGUUUCUGGUCUUGAUCUUAGUGGAGAAUCAAUCACUGGUGGAUUCAACAAUUCAAGCAGCCUAUUCAGUCUCCGUCAUCUGCAGAGGUUAAGCUUGGCAGCUAAUAAUUUCAAUUCUGUGAUUCCUUCAGCAUUUGACAAGUUGGACAAGUUAACGUACCUGAAUUUGUCAUAUGCUGGGUUCGUGGGGCAGAUUCCAAUAGAGAUUUCUAAGCUGACGAGGUUGGUUAGUCUUGAUAUCUCAUCUCUUGCCUAUUUGGCAGGGCAAGAUCUAAAACUUGAGAAUCCAAAUCUAAGAAUGCUUGUCAGUAAUCUGAGCAGUAUUAAGCAAUUGUAUCUGAAUGGUGUAACUAUAACCGCUCAUGGAAAUGAAUGGUGCAAUGUUAUGUUGUCGCUGCGUGGAUUGCAAGAAUUGAGCAUGUCAAGUUGCAAUCUCUCAGGACCCAUUGAUGCUUCCCUGGCAAAUCUUGUGAAUCUCUCAGUCAUUAUUCUUAAUCAGAAUAAUUUAUCAUCUACAGUGCCAGAAACCUUUGCCAAUUUGAAGAAUUUGACCACCCUUAGCCUUUCUUCAUGUGGGUUAAUUGGAACGUUUCCACAAAAGAUCUUCCAGGUUAGAACACUGUCAUCCAUUGACAUAUCAUUCAAUUCUAACCUUCAAGGUGUCUUUCCAUCCUUCCAACUGAGUGGAGCUCUUCAUACUUUGAUAGUAAGUGAAACGAGCUUCUCUGGAACACUUCCUAGUUCACUAUCAAACCUCAACGGCCUCAGUUACUUGGAUUUGUCACAUAACAACUUCACUGGUCCAAUCCCAUCUUUUGGAAUGGCGAGAAAGCUUUCCUACGUAGAUCUUUCUCAUAAUAAUUUUAGUGGGCCAAUUCCAUCUUCUGCUCACUUUGAAGGACUACAAAAUCUCAUCAGCAUCAACCUGGGUUACAAUUCCAUCAGUGGAAGAAUUCCUUCAUCUCUUUUUAGACUCCCAUUACUGCAGAAGAUUCAACUUUCCAACAACCAAUUUGGUCAAUUGGAUGAACUCAAGAAUGUUUCUUCCUCUAAAUUAAAGAUUCUUGAUUUAAGUAGCAACAACAUAUCAGGUCCAAUACCAACAUCCCUCUUCCAGCUCACAGGACUCUCUAUCCUCCAGCUUUCCUCAAACAAGUUCAAUGGUUUGAUGCAGCUAAAUAAGUUUCUGGAGCUCAGAAAUUUGACCACACUGGACCUUUCAUACAACAACUUGUCAGUCAGCGUGAAUCUCAACUUAUCUUCCAUUCCAAACAUUAGCACUCUAAAAUUGGCAUCCUGCAGUUUGAAGGUUAUCCCUGGUUUCUUGAGAUACCAGUCUAGGUUGAGCACUCUAGACCUAUCCAAUAACCAAAUUCAAGGAGCAGUUCCCAACUGGAUUUGGAAACUGGAUAGUCUUGAAAGCCUUAAUAUGUCUCACAAUUAUCUGACUAGUUUGGAAGGGCCUUUACAGAAUCUUAGUUCCAAUUUAAUAUUCCUUGACCUUCAUAGCAAUCAACUACUGGGGCCAGCUCCUGUUUUUCCCAAAUCUGCUGCCUAUGUUGAUUACUCAAACAAUAAUUUUAGCUCCCUUAUCGCACUUGAAACUGGUUACCUGUCUGGCACAAUUUAUCUCUCUCUUGCAAACAAUAGAUUCCGUGGCAGCAUCCCUUAUUCCAUCUGCAAUGCCUCUAGUCUUCAAGUUCUUGAUUUUUCCAAUAAUAACAUUUCAGGCACAAUUCCUUAUUGUUUAAUAACACUGAGUCAGAUGCUUGGGGUGCUGAAUCUGCGCCAGAACAAUCUCUCAGGGCUUAUCCCCGAUGUGUUUCCAGCAUCUUGUGCUCUGAGGACUCUUGAUCUCCUUGGAAAUAUCUUAGAAGGGCAGAUUCCAAAAUCUCUUGCUAAUUGCUCGAGACUUGAGGUAUUGGACCUUGGGAACAAUCAAAUUACCGAUGGAUUUCCAUGUUCAUUGAAGAACAUAUCCACUCUUCGUGUGCUCGUAUUGCGAAAAAACAACUUCUAUGGCAACAUUGGAUGUCCAAAAGACAAUGACACAUGGCAAAUGCUUCAAAUUGUUGAUUUGGCCUUUAACCGUUUCAAUGGUAUUCUACCUGCAAAAUGCUUCACAACGUGGGAGGCUAUGAUGCAUGAUGAAGACAAUGCUGAUUCCGAAGAAAAUCAUCUCCGAUUUGAGGUACUUAAAUUUGGUCCGAAAUAUUAUCAGGAUUCGGUAACAGUUACAAGCAAAGGUCUAACGAUGGAGUUAGUUAAAAUUCUAACUGUCUUCACUUCCAUCGACUUUUCAUCUAAUCAUUUCCAAGGAGAAAUACCGAAAGAACUGUUUGACUUCAAAGCACUCUAUGUGCUUAACUUAUCGAACAAUGCUCUUUCUGGCCAGAUUCCAUCUUCUAUAGGGAAUUUGAAACAGCUUGAGUCACUAGACCUGUCAAAGAACUCAUUACAAGGAGAAAUUCCCUCUGGGCUUGCAAGUUUGAAUUUCCUUUCAGUCCUGAAUCUCUCAUUCAAUCAGCUGCAGGGAAGAAUCCCUAUGGGUAGCCAAAUCCAAACAUUUUCAAAUUCUUCUUUCCUUGAUAAUAAAGGAUUAUGUGGGGCUCCUUUGACUAAAAAAUGCAGUGAUGUCAAUCCAGCAGGAGCUCCAAGAACAAAAUCAGCUACUGAAUUUGAUUGGCAGUUUGUAUCCACCGGAGUUGGUUUUGGGGUUGGAGCAGGACUAAUUGUUUCGCUGUUGAUGAUUUGGGAUCGAGGAAGAAAAUGGAGCAACAACAGCAUUGACAGGUUUCUUCUUCUUGUUCUUCCAAUGUUUGGGUUAUCAUACACACCACCCAUUGAUGAUGAUGAUGAUGAUGAUGAUGAUGAUGAUGAUGAUGAUGAUGAUGAUGAUCAAGGUGUCUUUCCAUCCUUCCAACUGAGUGGAGCUCUUCAUACUUUGAUAGUAAGUGAAACGAGCUUCUCUGGAACACUUCCUAGUUCACUAUCAAACCUCAACGGCCUCAGUUACUUGGAUUUGUCACAUAACAACUUCACUGGUCCAAUCCCAUCUUUUGGAAUGGCGAGAAAGCUUUCCUACGUAGAUCUUUCUCAUAAUAAUUUUAGUGGGCCAAUUCCAUCUUCUGCUCACUUUGAAGGACUACAAAAUCUCAUCAGCAUCAACCUGGGUUACAAUUCCAUCAGUGGAAGAAUUCCUUCAUCUCUUUUUAGACUCCCAUUACUGCAGAAGAUUCAACUUUCCAACAACCAAUUUGGUCAAUUGGAUGAACUCAAGAAUGUUUCUUCCUCUAAAUUAAAGAUUCUUGAUUUAAGUAGCAACAACAUAUCAGGUCCAAUACCAACAUCCCUCUUCCAGCUCACAGGACUCUCUAUCCUCCAGCUUUCCUCAAACAAGUUCAAUGGUUUGAUGCAGCUAAAUAAGUUUUUGGAGCUCAGAAAUUUGACCACACUGGACCUUUCGUACAAUAACUUGUCGGUCAAUGUGAAUAUCAACCUGUCUUCCAUUCCAAGCAUCAGCACUCUAAAAUUGGCAUCCUGCAGUUUGAAGGUUAUCCCUGGUUUCUUGAGAUACCAGUCUAGGUUGAGCACUCUAGACCUAUCCAAUAACCAAAUUCAAGGAGCAGUUCCCAACUGGAUUUGGAAACUGGAUAGUCUUGAAAGCCUUAAUAUGUCUCACAAUUAUCUGACUAGUUUGGAAGGGCCUUUACAGAAUCUUAGUUCCAAUUUAAUAUUCCUUGACCUUCAUAGCAAUCAACUACUGGGGCCAGCUCCUGUUUUUCCCAAAUCUGCUGCCUAUGUUGAUUACUCAAACAAUAAUUUUAGCUCCCUUAUCGCACUUGAAACUGGUUACCUGUCUGGCACAAUUUAUCUCUCUCUUGCAAACAAUAGAUUCCGUGGCAGCAUCCCUUAUUCCAUCUGCAAUGCCUCUAGUCUUCAAGUUCUUGAUUUUUCCAAUAAUAACAUUUCAGGCACAAUUCCUUAUUGUUUAAUAACACUGAGUCAGAUGCUUGGGGUGCUGAAUCUGCGCCAGAACAAUCUCUCAGGGCUUAUCCCCGAUGUGUUUCCAGCAUCUUGUGCUCUGAGGACUCUUGAUCUCCUUGGAAAUAUCUUAGAAGGGCAGAUUCCAAAAUCUCUUGCUAAUUGCUCGAGACUUGAGGUAUUGGACCUUGGGAACAAUCAAAUUACCGAUGGAUUUCCAUGUUCAUUGAAAAACAUAUCCACUCUCCGUGUGCUAGUAUUGCGAAAUAACAACUUCCAUGGCAACAUUCGAUGUCCAAAAACCAAUAGUACAUGGCAAAUGCUUCAAAUUGUUGAUUUGGCCUUUAACCGUUUCAAUGGUAUUCUACCUGCAAAAUGCUUCACAACGUGGGAGGCUAUGAUGCAUGAUGAAGACAAUGCUGAUUCCGAAGAAAAUCAUCUCCGAUUUGAGGUACUUAAAUUUGGUCCGAAAUAUUAUCAGGAUUCGGUAACAGUUACAAGCAAAGGUCUAACGAUGGAGUUAGUUAAAAUUCUAACUGUCUUCACUUCCAUCGACUUUUCAUCUAAUCAUUUCCAAGGAGAAAUACCGAAAGAACUGUUUGAUUUCAAAGCACUCUAUGUGCUUAACUUAUCAAACAAUGCUCUUUAUGGCCAGAUUCCAUCAUCUAUAGGGAAUUUGAAACAGCUUGAGUCACUAGACCUCUCAAAGAACUCAUUACAAGGAGAAAUUCCCUCUGGGCUUGCAAGUUUGAAUUUCCUUUCAGUCCUGAAUCUCUCAUUCAAUCAGCUGCAGGGAAGAAUCCCUAUGGGUAGCCAAAUCCAAACAUUUUCAAAUUCUUCUUUCCUUGAUAAUAAAGGAUUAUGUGGGGCUCCUUUGACUAAAAAAUGCAGUGAUGUCAAUCCAGCAGGAGCUCCAAGAACAAAAUCAGCUACUGAAUUUGAUUGGCAGUUUGUAUCCACCGGAGUUGGUUUUGGGGUUGGAGCAGGACUAAUUGUUUCGCUGUUGAUGAUUUGGGAUCGAGGAAGAAAAUGGAGCAACAACAGCAUUGACAGGUUUCUUCUUCUUGUUCUUCCAAUGUUUGGGUUAUCAUACACACCACCCAUUGAUGAUGAUGAUGAUGAUGAUGAUGAUGAUGAUGAUGAUGAUGAUGAUGAUGAUGAUGACAGAGAAGACAGGAAUUCGUAUAUGACAGAUGAUGAUGAAGACAGUGAGGCUUAUGGAAGGCUCAAAGGGUGGUACUGUGUUUAUUGCUCCAAACUUAGUAUCACUCAGAUGAAGGUAAUUCAUGAUCCAAGCUGUACAUGCUUCCAUCACUCAUCACCGCUUUCAACUUCUACACAUUCAUCAGAUUCUUAUUCUCCUUAGUUGAAAACAUGCUAAUAUGUUUCUGUUAUUUUCAUAUCAUUUUUUCCUGAAUGCAUACAUGCAAGAUGGAAUCAUUUAUUGUAUAUGCAUGCUGUACAUACACACAAAAUCAUUUCAGAGUUUGCAACAGAAAAUUUGAGCAAUAAAAGAACAAUGUCCCCGCUGAUUUUUCA